UGCUAAAGUAUAUGUAUCAGCGUUAUGUACAAAGUGCCUGAGAGGUUUGAACCCGUCUUCUAACACUUCCUCUCCCUAACACCAUGCUGAUGGUAGAGAUGGAGGCGCCGAGAUCCUGCGCCCGAAGCCAGCUAGCCGCUGCCUCCGCAGAUCCUUUCGCCAUGCAGCAGCGGUCCGACCGAGAUGAGAUGCGACUGGUGCAUCUCACGAAAGUCGAGAACCUGUGGAAUUCAGCAAUCCGCGAACAUCGGACGGAAGAGUACGCAUCCCAUUGCCCGGAGCCAGACCUGAAGAUGUGCGACGAAGAGCAGAGAGGCCUCUGCUGGAAGAUGAGACUAAGAUGCCGAAACUGUGACUACGCCUCCACGAAAUGCAAGCUCUACGACGACAUCCCAAGUUCGGGACGAGGGGCGAAGGCAGCAGCCCCCAAUCGAGGAGUUCACCUGGGCUUGCAGGACACGACCAUUGGACCGACCAAGCUGAGGCUCCUGGUGGCAUCGACAAACAUGCCACCGCCGUCACGGAGCGGCCUGCAAAAAAACGCAGCCACGGUCAGCGCCGAGACCGUGCAGCUAACCGAAACCGACAUGUCAGAUUUGAGGAAGGCGCUAAAGACCAUCAACGACCUGAGAGGCCUCGACAAAGAAUCGCCAAUAAACAUUCAGAUGGACGUUCGAUACAACGCCAUCUCGAUUGCAAGCCGGCACAAGAUGGGGCAGUCGGCAUUGCAGGCAAUCGGCUUGGCAAUCGAGGAUCACACAGACGACCAUAAGAUCAUCGGAAUGUAUAUAUGCAAAAUAAGCUCUGCGCCCUAGGAGCAUGGCUCAGAAAGCGAGGAUAUUCGGUAACGUGUCCCGGGCACGUCGCCUGCACCGCGAACGUCCCUAAGCAUGCGCCACUCUCGGAAAGAACUCGGGCUGGAGAUGGGAUGCCAAUUUGCAACGGAGAGACUCCUCAUCAAACAUGCGACAACCGACGGCGACGGAAGAGGAAGCGCAGGCAUCGACGAAGGUAUGAAGACCAUGGAUCCAUUGUAGAACGUCACCCGCCAAUGGCCGACACCAUUCAUCUCGGCCAGUCCCAAUUCAAAGCUGGCAUGAAAGCGAAAUUCAGCAGGGCGAUGCUCGGGUGGGACAGAUCGGCAGACGAACGACAGAUAGUACAACGACUAAUUAGCUCAGAUAUCAAGGCCAGAUGUCACCUUAUAGUAAACGAACUGUUCAAGAUCAGCUGUGGCAAUACGGACUUAAUAGUGAAGAAGCUGCCUCACCUCGUGCAAUGCACAGUCGACUGCUAUUCCGGCGAUCAUCGAAAGUGUCGGCGCCACUCCCUGGUCUGCUCAGGUGGUAGGUACAGGAACUGGCUGUCUACACGCUCCUACUACCUGAGUAGCCUCAAGAUCAAGGAAUUUACCAUGACCCACGAGGACAAGAUUCUGCUGCAAAACAUCCUGCAAAUGAAACUAAGCGUUGCUGGCAUAGAAAAAAUGAAACUCAACACCAACACGAUCGGCCGCAUGCAUUCGGCGGUCCACCGGCUGAACAACGGCUUAGAGAUGUCCGCCCACCUGAAAAAUGAUAACAUCGUUAAAGUCCCACUCGGGAAGAGGCCAUUGUUGGCGCUGCGACAGAUGUCGAUCGCCGCAACGUAAUCAAUGCGGCGCCGAAGAAAGCAGAGAGAAGCCGCCAGGCGCAAACGCAUGCUCGCCGACGUGCGUGACCACAUCAAGUAUAAGCGAUCUCAAAAUUCCUCCGAAUACAUUAAGGAUCAACUCGACACUGCCUAUGCUGACCACAGCUACACAACGUAAUUAUUAGAAGGAAAAAGUUUAGUAGGGUGUUAAUAAAUUUCAUGGGGUAACUAGCCUGUGCUGUGGAGAGGUGGGGUCAUCCCGGGUCAGUCGGUCGGUCCAGCCUAGGGUUUCCCCACCUGAGUGCGACGCAUCAUAUGCUAGUAGCCUACUGCAAGUAUAAUGCAUGCUUCGAUUGACGAAUCGUUAACGAAAGUAAACACAUCGGUCUGUCGGCAUGCCCGAUGCAGCUCAUGAGUCUCUUGCAUUCCCACCGUUCAAAAUUCUGCUGCGCAGUUUCUAAAAUUAUAUGCCGAUGCCUAAUGCAAUUUUUGUUGUGGCAUAAAUGUGAGCACUGUUUUCCUUUGGCAGGCCAUACACCAAAAUGGAGCCUGUACGCCAGUCUGUGUACUUUAACUGUUAGCCAUUGCUGUUCUUGAUUUUUUACACAUAACACCCCAUAGCCGGUUUGUGUGCGUGUUCCUGUAAAUAAAAUGCACUCGUUAUUUUCAACAGAAA